AUGGAGACAAUAACGAUGAAGAGAAAGUCCCUUCCGGAAGACGUAGUCAUGCUUAUACUAGCGCAACUCCCCGUGAAGUCCAUCAUGCGCUUCCGGUGCGUCUCAAAGCAGUGGCACUCCCUCCUCUGCUCCUCGUAUUUCCGCGACCUCCACCGCUCCAUCCAGGAUGCCAAAGGGAACCGUCACUUCCUCAUUAGCCUCAGCCAUGACCGCCUCGACCUCUGCCUCCAUGCCAUCUCCGAGGACAACGACGACAAGCGGCCAACGUUAGUUGGCAGGAUAACUAACGUCGCCGGAGGUCAUAAGGCCCGCCUCGCCGCUCCACCAUGCGAAGGACUCGUAUGUCUCUCCGUCGACGAGCAGCAGUCCGUGAUCGUGUGCAAUCCAACCACCCGUGAAGUGGUCUGCAUCCCUGAUGCCACCCCGCACCAUAGCAAGCUUUUCGACGGUUCCCUCCUAGGUCUGGGGGUUGAUUCAGUUACCAAAGAGCACAAGCUGGUGCGGUUGUUCACCCGCGAAGGCCCAGACUCCCUAGCGCUGCCAACGUUCGAGGAGUGCGAGGUCUACACACUGGGAUCUGCCGGCUGGAGGCCGUUGGGAGAGAUCCCCUACCUCUUAAGCUGGCGGUCUCCGGCGCUUGUCAACGGCGCGCUCCACUGGAUCGCUUGCGCGAUCAACAGUGGUUGGCUCUGCAUCGCGGCAUUCGACCUCCAUGAGGAGAGAUUCCGGCCCAUCUCGCACCCGAGCUGCUUCAAGAAUUCCCUCGGGUGGCCUAUCAUGGAGUUGUUGGAGAUGGGAGGACGCCUGUGCGUGAUGCACCACUGGAGGGUCACAGGCGUUGAGAUAUGGGUGCUGGAGGGCUACGAGGAGGGUACAUGGGUAAAGAAGCACAGCAUCAACAUUCACUCCAUCGAAAGGUACCAUCUGAAUGAGCUCUUCACACAUGAUACUCACCUAUCGACUAUCAUCACCGCGAAUGCCAGGUUUUGCUGGCUGAGCACGUACUUGUUGUAUACAUACGACCCUACCACCGGAACCCUUCGGAGAUUUGAUGUUCAGUCGGCCAAUGACUAUAAGUAUUGCAAUUUAUGCACAAUGAGUUUGAUCCCUCUCGUGGAUAAUUGA